AUGGCGCUCUACACGCUCCAGAUUACCUUCCACUCGGCGUUGAACCUCCCCAUCGGCGACAUCCAUACCCUCUCCAUCGACCCAUUCAUCGAGGCCUCGCUCGACGUCCCCACCUUUCCCCGCGAGCGUGACGACCCACCGCUUACCUUCCGCACGCCGUCUCUGCACUCGACCCGCGACCCGACAUGGGACGCCGUCUGGGUCGUGUCUGGCAUCCCAUCUGAGGGCUUCCUCCUCAAGAUGAACGUCAAGGACGAGGACCCGAGCACGAUUGACGACCGCGCGGGACAGGCCGUCGCCGACUUUCGUAAGGCCGGCGUCGUGCGCGAUGGCUUCGAGGUCAAGAUGGGCACUUACGAUAUUCGGAAGAGGAGUUCGAGCCCGCAGAUGUAUGUGCAGACGGCGCUGCUCAGCAUCCUGCCGUGCGUGAAGAUGAGCUUGCACGGUCGUGUGAUUGUGUCCAUUCGGUGUUUGGGGAAGGCGCCAAACCAGAACACGCGAAGAGCGUACACAUUAGGGCCUAACAAAUGGACGCAGCAUUUCUCCCCGCUGGUGGGGUACAUCACCGCUUCGCGGCAUGCCCCACCUUCCACAGAUCCCGACGUGCAAUCCGCCCUCCAGACCACGACCGGCACAGGCAGAAAGCUUUCAGCAUCCACGUUCAUCGCCAAUCGCCUACAACUUACUGGGCCCGUACCAGAUGAGCUACGUCACCGAUACGUCGGCUACCGGCCCUUUAUCGACUGGAUGUUCCAGCGGUCAGGGAUCCGGGGCCGUAUCCUCAAUCGCGGGCUCAGGAAACAGUACCGCACCAUAUACUCUUACGAUUCGAACACCAAGUAUGGAGUCGUGGAGCGAAGCGAGCAUGAGGAGGACCGCUUCUCGAAAGAGUUUGCGCUGCAGUUUCUCAAGAUGGUCUCCUUCGGUACUGGAGGGCGUUUAUUCACAUACGUCAUCACACUGGACGGCGAAUGGAGAUUCACGGAAACCGGAGAAGAGUUUGCUGUCCAGAUGUUGUCGAAGCACGGUAUGCACGCCGACCUGGCGAAAGAGGUCGCGUUCAGCGGCGAGUUUUUUGUUCGACCAGUGGUGAACGAGGCCGAAGUCGGGAAAGGCGGCGGCUUCAAGAGUGGAAGUAAGGUCGCGGACGGCAGCAUCACGAAGGAGGUCGAGGAGAAGAAACGGAAGGAGGAGGAAGACAAGGAAAAGCAGGCCCAGGACCACGACGACAAAAAGGAGAGCAAGGCGAAACAACUGACGAAGAAAGUCAAAGGCCCAGAGCGCGAAGUUGAAGAGAUGGAGGCGAAGGAGGAGCAGAAGAAGGAAGAGCAAAAAGAGGAGGAGAAAGAUGAAGCAGAUCCACGGAUUCGCAAGCUCGCGGGAGAAGAUCCGGAAGAGAUUUUACAGGACCCGGCCGUGUACGAGCUCGUCAUCGACAACGACUCGGGCACGUACCGGCCCCGUCUGGAACUGCUCCCGGUGCUACGGGAGUGGCUGGGCUCCCCGGAGAGGCUCGGCGCGUUGGGCAGGAUCACUUGUGUCGACGGUUUUGACGAAGAUCUUCAGAAAGCCAAAGAGGCGCGCACCGCGCUCCGGAAGAAGAAGAAGGGCGUCAAGGACGGCGAGCGCGUGGCGAUGCCUCGGCGAGGUUCCUCGCUGUCCAGCAUCGACAGCGGCGUCUUGGGGCAGAAGGAGAAGAAGGGUGUGCUAGGGAGCAUGCACGUUGGGAAGGGUAAACCGAGCAUAGGGCGGAGCGUGAGCAGCGGCGAGAUUGAGAAGGCGUUGAAGGAGCACGCCGAUCAGGCGGGAGCAGAGGUUGGGGGUAGCGGGGCACACAACGGCGAGGCGCACGCGUACGAUGGGGCAAAGGCGCAAAAUGGCGAUGCGCAUCAUCCGACAGAUCAGCAAACAGCGAACGAGGGCGAGCGUGAUGCAACCGCGCCGGACCCGGGAACUGAUACCCGGAACGAGUCUGAGGGGCCCACUGCUGAACCACAGGAUGAGCCGCUGAAGUCGGAUAAUUAUGAUGCUCCAUCGAGUUCGAGUCCGUCCUCCUAG